AUGACUUUCUUUUCUUUCGCAGGUCCGUACGACUCCGACUCCACCAGUUCCGACGAGGCUGCUGUGCCGACUCCUGAGAUGGCGGACAGAGCUGAAAAAAUGAGGCGACGGCUGACCCAGCGCGCUUCCAGCACGGCUACUGCCUCUUCCUCCCAACCGUCACCAGCUCCAAGGUCGACUCCUCCACCACCGCACAACGUGGUUGACCUGACGCCGUCGCCCGUCGUGUCGCCGACUCGACAGCCGCCCCCUCCUCCAUCUGAGAGUCCGAGCUCCAAACGGCCGGCCGAGCAGACGGACACGCCGGCUCCGAAGAAAAUCCAGUUGAGCCACGAGGUGGACGAGGAUGCCCAGAUCUGGCAAGGCAACUCCUCGGUCCGCAAAUGGGCUGCAAACGUCAUUCUUCCUAAGGAUGUGGCGACGACCGGCGCCCUGGGGGACGAGUACAUCGUUGAGGCCUCACUACGCCAGUCGUAUCGCAAUCUCACCUUCCAAAUGGAGAUGAGCCGGCGACUGAGGGAGUAUAAGGCCGGGCUGAAGUCCAUGGCCGUUCGGGUGCACCAAACGGAGGAGGCCUUCUUGGAGGAGCAAGCUAAGCACGUCAAGGCGAUGGAAGUGCAUAACUCCGAGAUGCUACGGGUCACCCGCGGCGAUAGAGGCCCGGCCCGGCAGAAGGAGAUCGCCAAAGAGUGGCUGGCGACGCCGGAAGGUGACAACUUCCUUCUGGAUCUGGGCGAGCGCGACUAUCGCCUUGGCUUCCGCGAGGCGCAGACGGAAAUCCACUCCGCCCUGCUGGUCCGCGACUCCUCUUUUACCCCCGAGAGCUGGGGCCUCAAGCCGGUGAUAGACGUUCUCCCGGCGGCGGCUGCUGAUCCGACGGCUCUCCCUGCGGCGGCUCCUCCCAAUCUCAUUGAGUCCUCCCCUCAGGCAGAAGACCCUUCUUCUGUUCCCCCAGUUGGACCAACGGCAGGGGCACAAGUUGAAGGGGUCGCUGUCGACACCCCCUCCGCAGUAGCUUAG